CCGUUUUGUCUAAUAUUAUUUUUGCUAGCCUUUCUCCGAUAUUUGAUUGGUCUUUUCUAAAGAUUCUCUGUAUUCUGAUUGGUUCUCGUAAAGUUCUAGGAAAUUUUCGACUCUUUCAGGACACAGAUCGAACAGAAAAAGAUAUUCUGUUUUAAAGACAAUUUAAGAGAUGAAUAGUCCCGGUCCAGAUAUGGAUGUGAUUAAGGAGGUGCCCGGCUACAAGGUCAUCUUGAAAGCCGUUCUCAGAGCACAGAUACAACAGCUGGUAGAGCAGCUGUGUAGCAACACCGAUGAGGAAGUGGUUGUGUUGACCGCGAGCAUUCAUGACGGGAGUCUUACCCAGAUGGGCUCUGCCUGCGGAAACAGCUUCAUCCAGAAGAACUACAACUUGAGGUCAAAAUUCCUCUCCUUCUGUCUACAGAGCAACCAUAACAAAACUGACAGAAGCUCUGCCAACAGGUCCAACCAAUCAGGAACAAGAAGAGCAAAUCGCUCAAAUAGAGGCACACCUCGACAUCAGCCCUAUACAUCAAAGCAAGGGAAGAAAGCAGAUGACCCUAACGUCCAAUCAAAACUUAUUAUGUCUGAGUGUCAAACACAAAACGUUGAUGGUUCAGAUAGAUCGACUCAAGAUGGAUGUUAUGAUAGAAAAACAGUUGAACGUGUGGAAACAAUGACUAAUGAAACUGUGCGCAGUUAUGAUAACUCGUGGUCAGGUGUUUACAGAAUUGGUGAUAAAAUGGUUGCUAUGAAAAAUAACGAAUAUAACAGUCCUAGUUUGACCAAGGAGAAAUGUACAAGUAUGUUUGAAACAAACGAUGUACAUGUGACUGAAGAAAACUAUGGGAAUGAUGAAGAUGUGGAACCUGAUAGUUACACAGCUGCAGAUACUAGUGUACAACAUGGACUAAAUGUUCCUGUAUCAAUUGACAGACUGGAUGGUACAGAUUACCUGACUGGGAAGAAAAGGCCCAACCCAGCGUGCAACAACGACCAGUCAUCUGACUCGUCUGGUAACGAUGAAUUCCAGAUCCUCAUGAAGAUGACCCCGGUAGCUGGGUCUAGCGUGCCAAGCUCCUUGGCAUGUGAUCUGUGUGAUAAACAUUUCACCUUUGCAAGCAACCUUUAUCGACACAAACGCUUGCACGAAAAACAGCGAGCCCAUCAAUGUCCGCACUGUGAGUAUCGCAGCUCAAGGAGUGACCAUAUUCGAUUGCACGUGUACACCAUGCAUAGGGACAAAGAAGGGGCCGACAGUACAUCUACUGGCCAGCCGGAUAACCUGACUGGACAGGAAGAUAAUCCAACUGCAGAAGAAGAUAACCAGCCCGAACAGGAAGGUCAAGUGGUGUAGAAACCAUAAUGAUCUGCAUAUGUUCAACGUGCAUAAGGAAAAAGAGUGGCAGACAUUAUGUCAAUUGGUUAAUAAAGUUUCAGGAAGUAAAGUUUUUGAUUAACACAAUGUUAAAGUAUUAAAUUAAUGUUGCAUCACAAUAUGUUUUGGCAUAUGAUUUCAGUGAGUUAUUGACACAUUUCUUUAUAGAUAUAUAAUCAUAAUGUACAUGUAGUACACUUGAUAUUGAAUACAACGGUGAUUAUUUUAGGUAACAUAGGUCAGGUCUUUCAAUGAAAUAAAGUCAGGGUACUGACAUA